UUAGUCCCAUUUGACGUUCCGAUGCUAACGCAUGUGCUUUUUUAUCGUCAUUUCUGUUGUUUUUUUUUUUGUUGUUGUCUCGUCGUUUGUUAUUGCGCUCGCUCGCUCGAUUCGCUUGAUCUGCUCGCUCCUCGCUGGCCGCUUUGAUACCGCGCCGAAACUCCGUUGCUUCUCGACGUCGACGUUUUGUGACGACUACUGCGAUAGAUAUCAUCACCGUUUGGUGUGGUGCUGCUUUUCUGUGUUCAUCAUAGUCGGCUGUGCGAUAGUAGAAGCGAAGAACACGUGGAUGACUAUGUGGUGGGUGCAGGGAGGCUCCCCAUGAAAGAGAGAGGGACAGCAAGCCUCGCCCUUUAUGAUAAAAUGAGAGCGAAAGAGUUAGAAUGCUUCAACAGGAGCACCCCCCGUCCAACAUCCGAGGAAGAUACCUUUUUGGGGGUUCAAAGCAAGGUGGAGGAAUGAAGAAAAAAGUACAAGAAGCCAAGCCAACUCGUCUCUCCUCUCCCGGCAAGCAAUUCCGGCGGCUAUCUAUUUGAUUUUUAUAACUUUAUUAAUUAGUGUUGUUCGAGUCGAACGAUGAUAGAUUGACAAAACAGUUUGAGCUCCCCAAGAAGCACCCGCAGAGCGUGUGGCACGAGUGUGCAGCAGGUCCAAGAGAGGUCUCUCCGUGGCCAAUGGGGCAGUGGUAGUGACUGUCGUCGAUUGUCGGAUUCUCGAUAUUGUUGUUGCCGGUAUCCGGUUCGCAGACUGUGAGGUUUCGGUAGCCGCCUUUGCGUCAGUAGUGUUCGCAAGUCUUGGUCGCGUGCGGAAGUUAUCGUUUCGGGUUCACGGUACGAGUUCACUGCCACGUACGGUAGCUUUUGUGGUAGGUGCAACCCUUCCCGCUACAGCUCGGGGUGCCCUUUUUGGUGCGUGUUAAUGAGUGCGAUUCGCCCACUCCCACAGCCUUCUGCGUUCUUCCACAUGCCCGCCAGACGAAUUCCGCCGAUCCAGUUGAUCCGGUCGGGUUGCUUGGAUUGAAGACCACGACGUUCACGACGUCUGGCACGGGGUGAUAUUUUUUUUUCGAGUGACCGACAAUCAAUUAGUCGGAGAGGAAGUGUUUGUUUAUGUGCUAAUGUGAUUGCAAUAGAGCGAGCCAAUUCGGGUCGGUGUCGACCACGGGAAUCUCAGUAUUUACAAGUGAAUAUUUCGACCAGUGUGCAGUUGGAUGCAAAACACGAUUUCGCGAAACAGUAAGAAAUAAAGAAAAUUGUGCAAACCGAACGCGUGCAGCAAGUGAAAUAACCUCAAACCAAUUGCCGACGGCAUUUUCUGUGGUGGUGAUACUUGUUUCAUUCAAACAUUCAAAUGCUGGAUAUACGUAAUCGACUAUGAAAGAAGUUGUAGUAAAUCGUUGUUGUGUUGUUUUUGUUAGGUGUACUAUGCAUUUCACGCUAUAGGAAAUGGACAUGAUAGAUUGACAAUUGAAAGGGAUAUUUUUAAGUGUGAUGAACAAACGAAAUGGAAUUCUGAAGAAUCAUAGCAGGCUAAGUGAAAUCAGGGCAGAAUCGCAGCAAUCCAGCUGAUUAUGCCGCUUUUGGUUGCCCAGCGAAGUGCGGUGCAUGGAGUGGCAUUAGACCACCAAUCCAAUCAAAGCUUUUAUCAGCAAUAUCAGCCAUUUGAGGCGGACAUCAGAACGUCAUCGGAACGAGUCCAAUUUACCAAAAUAGACCAACCAUCAGCUCAAUCUCAGUCGCCAUCAAACGGCGUGGAUUGUCAACCACCGCAGCGGGUGUCGGAAUUUACCAUGUCCAAAUUCAAAGCCAGCUCCCGACAUCCACUCUACCGGCAGUAUUACGGGCCAGACGAGUCCCCACCCUACGAAAAGCAGGAGGAACCAGAUAACAGCGAUAGCGAAAUCCGAGAUAAACCUUACGGAAAAAUUUGGCUGGGCAAUGAAGCGCAAUGGCAUCACCCGGUCCCGAUGCCGACGGAUUCUAGUCAGGCUCCGCAGCCUUUGCUCCCACCGGCAAUGAUUCCCAGUGGCCUAGGGAUGACGCCAUUGACUGCAUCAACAUCGAUUUCACCGCACGCGAUUCCGAACAGCUUGCUGUCCAUCCGGGACAUGAUGCUCCAGAAUCCCACCCUGGGACUGUUGAACGAGAGCAACCUUCUGCUCAAGCAAAGCAUGCUGGAGAAUAUGCCAUCGAGUUCGUUAGGAUCAUUCCAACAAAUCUCGACCUCCUCCACAACAGGCAUGACACCCCUAAGUCCACUGAUGCAUUCGAUCAAACGAGAGACAGAUGAUUCCGAAUGCGAAAUAAAUCUCGACGAAAGAAGCUUAAAUCAGAACCAUACUCCACGAUCGCCGCCACUUCAUUUUGCACAUCCUCCAACCCAUCAUACACCUCAUCAUCUUCUUCACCAACAUCACCUCCACCAUCAUCAUCAUCAUCCUUCUCAUCUCCAGCAUCGAUCCAGUCAUCUUCCGCUAUCCAUGCAUCACCGUCACCGCUCCUCCCCGAUUUCCUCCUCAUUAACCUCCCCUUCGAUGGCCGCAAGUCCUUCUUCGGUAGCAGCAACAGUGUCAUCCCACCAGCAUCCAGCACUUCAAAGAGACUCCGAGGAACGUGAACUGAAUUUCAACGUGUUGCCGCCACCAUUACUGGUCCAAUCGCAGCCAGCGACGAGAUCCAAGCAAACAUCGCCAAUUGCGACGACCAGUUCCAGUUCGCGGCACAAAUCACAGCAACCCAACGAGGAGCUUGAGCCCCCUCAUAUGAAUCAUCAUUCCCAUCACCAUCAUCAUCAUCAUCAUCAUGGAUACGUCCAUCAUUCGUCACCGGAUCGAUUCGACGGCGUGCGUGAUGGAAUGACCAAACGGGAGGACAACGAUGAUGACGCCGGUGGAGGCAAACGACAUGACCAGGGUCAUGCCGAAGACAACGAUGACGAGCCCGGUGAGGAUGAUAGCAUGAAUGGUACCCACCGAGCAAUGGCAAUCGCAGCAAGUCGGGAACAUUGUUCGGUAUCCAAUAGCAACAAUCGCGGGGAACAGAACCGAACUCGGUCAAAGUCACCGUCGCCAGACAUAAGCCGCCUCUCGAAAUCACCGUCCCCGCCUCCGUCGCAUGACGAUAACUACAGCGACCGGGAGGAUGGAAGCGACCGCGAUCAACUGGGAAGCCCGAUUCCGACGGACCGGCCGGACCGCGUUACUCCUCUCAACCUGAUUACAGAUGCCUCCAGGCGGACGCCGUCUCCACCUCAGCAAACGGCUCUUGGUGCACCCAGCAGCAGUAGUAUUGGCGUGGCGUUGGCAGCCCUGCAAAACCAGCUGCCACUGGGAUCGCUUUUCCUGCAGAAUCAGCUGGGGCUGGGAACACUGGGAAAUCUAUCCAGUCAGGAACUGAAUGUGUUGCAGCAGGCGUUGCAAGCUCAGCAGGCGUCCUUCCAGCAACAGCUGCAGAACUACAUGCUCAUGCAGGCUCAGGGGAACGUCGGAGGGAACGGAAGCGCUGCCGCUCAGGCCACGGCCCAAGCCGCCGCCCAGUUUCUCAUGCAAAAUCAGCUUACUCCUCCAAGCUUCCCCACUCCGCCUCAGUCCAUCACUAACAGUGCUACUAGCGUCUCUACUAACAUCACAAGUCCCUCCACUAUCUCGAACAGUGCGUCCAGUAUCGCCAACACAACAAAGCUUAAACUAACGCACGAUGGAUCACGAUCGCUUCAGGUCCAGCAAGCAGUGGCCCAACUGCAGGCCCUCCAGCAGAAGCAGCAACAGCUGAAGGCCAGUUCUACUCCAACACCGGCGAAUCUAUCCGGAACUUCGCCUCUUCACAGCCCAUCAGGAAGUCCAGGUCUUCACCAUCCAUCGGCUCACUCGUCCCUUCUGGGCUCCAGUCAAACCACACCCCCCAACGCCAACCAACUAAACGUCGGAGGCAUCCUGACCCCUUCAACACCCGGAUCAACAGCUCACACUCCCCAACUACAGAAGCACAACGCCGCGCCACGGGCCCUGGAACCAUCACCGGAAGAAACCACCGACCUGGAGGAGCUCGAACAGUUCGCCAAAACGUUUAAACAGCGGCGGAUAAAGCUCGGGUUUACCCAAGGGGACGUCGGGCUCGCGAUGGGAAAGCUCUAUGGAAACGAUUUCUCCCAGACCACCAUCUCGCGGUUCGAGGCACUGAAUCUGAGCUUCAAGAACAUGUGCAAGCUGAAACCGCUGCUACAGAAGUGGCUCGAGGACGCCGAUAGCAGCAUCUCCAACCCUGGCGGUCGAAUCUUCAGUCCCAGCACGAUCGCCAGUACGACCCCCACGCCGGAGAUGGUCGGCCGCCGGCGCAAGAAACGCACCUCCAUCGAAACGUCCGUCCGGGUGGCCCUGGAAAAGGCCUUCCUCGUCAACAGCAAACCCACCAGCGAAGAGAUCACCAACCUGGCGGACAACCUCUGCAUGGAGAAGGAAGUGGUCCGGGUAUGGUUCUGCAACCGACGCCAGAAGGAGAAGCGGAUAAACCCCCCGAACGGUAUGGAAAGCCCCACGCACUCUUCGGGAAGCAGCGAAAUGUUCCAACUGCCGAACUUGUCCAGCGGAAGCCUACCUGCCCACUACCCGCCGCACCAUUCGAUGGGACCCGGAGGCAUCAAGCAGGAAUGACUAGGCAACGGGUCCGGAUUCGAUCCGGACGCCAGAGGGUCACCGUCCUCGCUGAGUCCUGCGGCCAGUUUGCAGCCACAGCAUCAUCCCUUCCUCAUUUGAAGCGGCCAUGAUGGCCAGGCAGGCAACUUCCGUCCCGUUCCUUUCGAUUUCCGGUACCCCACAUUCCCCCCCCUUAGGGAUUCCAACGACGACGACGACGACGCACAUAUCAGAGCGAUCCUCGGUGAUCUGGCAGCUGUAGGAGGAAAGGGCGCGCAACUUCUGGGAAGUUGCGAUCAGGCCGCUUUCGGACGCGGGGCUCACCCAAAUCUUAUUUAUUGAAAAUAACCCAGAUAGCCAGAAGAAUCAAUGUGAAAAAAGCAUGCUACAAUGUGUUUACGUUAAAAAGAUGUGUUCGGUAAGCCAACUUAGCACGUGACGCGAAUGAAAUUAACUUUAAUUAAAUCAAUAUUAGUGUUUGUGAAACAAAAGCUGUGUCACAGAGAGUCUUGAACCCAGCGAAGAAGUAGAAGAGGGCGCGAUAUCAUUCCAAAAACAAGCUUUAAGCAUAUAUUUUUUGUCCUGUGGUAACCAAGUCGCGUGUUAGUUCUAUUACGUUUUUUUUUUUUUUUUGAUGUUUCUCCUCCGAUUUUUUUUCCUAUGGUAGGCAGCAGGUAUCCUGCGCGAAGAAUGGAUUGAACAAGAUGGAAGAAUUUUCGGUGGAUUUUAAAUGCAAGGUUGCAGAUGUUGUUCGAUUGUUACGAAAUUUUUCGAGCGUAGCAUAUUUUUUAUGCGAAUUGCAUGAACUAUAUUCUCAAAGCAACUUUUUGAUAAGCCGAGGUCAUUAAAGUAAGGGGCCUUCCUUAGCCGAGUGUUUAGAGUCAGCGGCUACAAAGCAAAGCUAUGCUGAAGGUGUCUGGGUUCGAUUCCC